AGUCGUAAUUCAGGGGUCGCAGGACAUGGGUGGCAUGGGGGAUCCCCUGAGCCCACUGGGACGGUGGUACAUUUACGCCAUCCAUGGUUAUUUCUCGGAGGUGAUGUUCACGGCCACGUGGGACUUCAUCAGGGACCAGGACUGGAAGUUCCAGGGGGUGACCAGCGUCUGGGCCUUCUUCAUCUACGGGACCUGCAGCUUCAUCUUAGAGCGCGUCUAUAUGAUGCUGAGGGCCAGGUGCGGCCUCCUGACGCGCUGCGCCCUCUACACCCUGUGCAUCUACCUCUGGGAGUUCUCCACGGGCUACGUCCUCCGCCACUUCAACGCCUGCCCCUGGGACUACAGCGGAUUUGCCUACAACUUCAUGGGCCUCGUGACCCUGGAAUAUUGCCUCUUCUGGUUCGUUGGCUCCCUCGUCCUGGAGAAGCUCAUCAUUUUCAACACUCUCCGGCUCAGGCUGGAUGGGGCCUCCCAGAAGCCCAAAGAACGUCCUGCUCCCAGAUUUGAACUUAAAGACGAUUGAUCUCGUGCUCAUUUAUGGAGGCGAGACAACAGACUCCACCCGCCUCCUUCUCUUGAACCUGUUCUGCUCCUGGCAACUCCUCUGCUGCUUGGAUUAAUUCCCAAGAACCCUUCUCUCUCCCUCUC